AUGUUGGCAAGAACUUUGAAAAAUUAUAUGAGAGUUCAAUAGAACUUAAGAUUUAGCAGAGCAAACAUCGAAAAAUCUCCUGCUCCCCCUACCAUUGGUUAAGUUGAAUUAGAACCCUUCAAAUUUAAUCACGAAAGAGAUUAAUUAAUUUAUGGAUACACAAUGGAAGAAUUAUAUGGCAAAAAGUUUGGUUUAAAACAUUCUGCCACUGUACUUAGAGAAAUUAAAAAGGAUACUAUCAUGAUGAUUUUGUUUAUCAUCGGUGGUUUCACUUAUUGCUAUCACAUGAGAGAAACUAGAUUCUAGUUAGAUGAUGAUUUCAAUGAGUAUGUUAAUACCAACAAACAAACUUUCAGACCUAUUCCUGAUCACGUUAAACUCUGA